UGUUUCCAGGAGCCGGUGUCUGACCACGGCACAGGCGUUGUAUCUCGGAGGAUAUCUACCACGUUUUACUCAUCUGUUCAUAAAUGUUUCGAGGACAAUUGUGCUUUCUAUUUUUAUAAAGUCCCACUGAGCGGCUGGCGGAAUUUUUGUUGUCUGGAUGAAAAAAAUCCUGCCGCAUUCUUUUUUUGUUGUGGUUUCUGCAACGUGCCCGGCCAGCCGCGUUUCAUCUUCUUCAUCUUUCAUCGGAAUAAAACAUUACAACCGUUGCCGCCAGUAAUCGCUGAGCUGGAUUUAAUUGAAGAAAUGCUGCUUUCCAAGCUGAAUUCUCUGGCUCACAUGUCGGCCGUGGAUAUGCCGGCGAAAAUGCAGCACCAAAUCCAGCAAGUGAAGGAGAAGGAGCCUUUCGAGAAGCUUUAUCAGGUCGGCGCGGUUUUGGGAAGCGGCGGCUUCGGUACCGUCUACUCCGGUACAAGGACAUCCGAUGGAGCCCCGGUCGCUGUUAAACAUGUAUCCAAGGAAAGAGUGACGGAGUGGGUAGAGCUGGCUAACGGCUCACGGGUUCCGCUGGAGAUCAUGCUCUUAAAGAAGGUCGGAACGGGCUUCCGCGGUGUCAUCAAAAUGCUGGACUGGUUCGAGCGGCCCGACAGCUUCAUCAUUGUCAUGGAGAGGCCCGAAAUAGUCAAGGACCUGUUCGACUUUAUCACUGAGAAGGGCGCUUUGCCCGAGGAACUGGCGCGGAGCUUCUUCCGCCAGGUGCUGGAGGCUGUGCGGCACUGCCACAGCUGCGGCGUGGUGCACCGGGACAUCAAGGACGAGAAUAUCCUCAUUGACCUCCGCACCGGGGAGAUGAAACUCAUCGACUUCGGCUCUGGUGCCUUGCUCAAGGACACAUUCUACACAGACUUUGACGGCACAAGGGUGUACAGUCCACCUGAGUGGAUUAAAUUUCAUCGCUACCAUGGUCGAUCUGCCACUGUUUGGUCCCUGGGAGUCCUGCUGUAUGAUAUGGUGUGUGGAGACAUCCCGUUUGAACACGAUGAGGAGAUCAUAAACGCACAAGUUCUGUUCCGGAGGAAAAUCUCCACAGAAUGCCAGCAGCUCAUCAAGUGGUGCCUAUCCCAGAGGCCUGCAGACCGCCCAUCCCUCGAGGACAUUAUCAACCACUCGUGGAUGCAGAACACCUCCCCUUCAGUGGUGCCCUCCACAGCACAGACAGAGAAGUCGGUCACAGAGAUCAGGCUGCACAGCAUCGCCCAUGAGCCUACCACCUUCAUACACACCCCAGUGGCUGUGGCGGUUGCUCGAUGAGAGGGUGUAUCUUCGGACUCAACAAAAAGGGACUUUUACAAAAAGUUUGCGUAAUAGACUGCAAAAGAGAGAGUGUUGAGGACUGAGGUCCUCACAAGAGCCUCUGCACGUCGCCAAACGGACUCCGAUCCAUGUGAUGGGUGUUCUUGUGCUCCCCAGGAGGGAGGUUGCAAACAUCUGCAGCCGAACAGGACAUAAUCCGGCCGUCCAGUGGGACAGCAGGCGAACAGCGCAAGUUAUGUAAACUCUCGCCAUGCAGCAUUCCAGUCACUUCCUCCACAAAAGGAGUGUUGGAGUCAUUGGUGAUGAGUGUGAAAAGUACCAUAUGUGAAAUUGUUGUAGGCAAGGGGAUCCUGGAAAUACUUGAAUUUCUACAAACAGAAGUACUGCAACCUUUUUGUUCUUUAUUUACUCCUUACAUGGCUUGUCUUUUCCCCCCUCAUUGGCCUAGAUCAGUUAAGCCAAUGUUUUAUGUUUUUUACAACCACUACUAUCACCACUACUCUUAUGUCAUUAGCAACCAGACAACCUCAUAGUGCCUGCAGCAACUUUUGCAAAUGGAAUCAAGAAAAAGACACGGGUCUCACCUCAGUCUGUUUACAUCCACCUCUACUACACAGCCUUCCUUCCUCCUCACCUUCUUCCUGUGUUAUUUUCACAAAUACACAAGGCUUAAUGCAAGGUGUUUACCUUCAUCAACCUGAGUGCACACAAUGCAGAUCUGACCUUACAAACACCCUCUGCUCCUUAGAUGCUUGGAUUCUUCUUUUUUUGGGUUGGGGAGGGGGGUAUGUGCCUCACAUGGGUCUUCAAAGUUCGGUGAGGAUAGGAAUUGUAAAUCAAGAUAUUUAUUUAUUUAUGAGAGAAUUACGCCUUUCUACAAAUAGAUAUAUUUCAUCCACAGUCACUGAAGGACUCACAGAUUUUUUAAGAGGAGGAGUUUUGCUUUUGUUUUUUUUGUGACCAUAUUUAUAAUGGCUUGAAACACAGAUCAGAUGUUUGUGUAUGUCAUGUAAAUAAAGUAAAUAGUCCUGAAAAGCACUUCCAAUUUCUGAGUCUACUGAUGGUGAACCAUGUUGUUAAUAUUGAACGGUAUGUGUGUGGAUGAUCACAUUUUUGGUUGUGUUUUUAUUCCACCCACUUGAUUUACAGUUGUAAAUUAUGUUAGAAACUAUUUUUAUAUGAUUUUAAUA